GUUUCCGUAGCUCACAUUUGGAAGUUCUUAUUGUCAUGUUGCACAACAACGGUGAAGAGUUCGCAAAAAAAGUAACAACAUUAACAGCAACAUAUAACUUACGGGGAACAAUGCAAAGUUGUGGAAAGCCAAGAGAGUCCAGAGAUUUUAACACAUGGACAACCAGCUACUUUAUGUUUUAGGUAUCCUUACCUAAAAUGUGUGCACGCCAGAACGCCUGAGUGAUACCCUGUUCACAGAAAAUAUGUCACCGCCCGUAGUGCCUCUUCUGUCCGCUCUACUCUUGUGUUUGGGACUGGAAGGCAGCGCAGUGUGGCAAGGCUGUGACAGUGGCAAGCUCUUGCUAGAUAUAGACUUGCCCCCAUCUGCCGUGUGGAGUUGUCCGGGGCCUGUCUGGCCAGAGUCCACCCUGCAGAAGAAUCUUUCUGGUAUUGACACCCAGUAUCCUCCACAACCUGCUAGGCAGGUGUGUAUAGACACACCCAUCACCUUUAACCACUCCAUUCCCAACAGUGGCGCACACAGACCAGUAGGAGGCGAGAGCGGGGAGUAUCUUUACUGUCCUCCUCAGCGGUGGCUCAACAACCUGCAGCAUGGAGCCACUGUGUUGCUGUACCAUCCCUGCGCCCCCAUCCAGGAGCGUGGACGCCUGUCUGUCCUGGCCCGCUCCUGUCUGUCCAGCUACAUCAUCACUCCGCACCCUGACCUCAGCACACACAGGAUGUUUGCCGUAGUGUCAUGGGGUCGCACUCUGGAGCUUUCUAGCGUGACGGGCUCGGAGGUCUGUGAUUGGCUGGAGGCAACGGCGUCCGGCGUCAGCCCUGGUGAUGUGGUUAUGAGUCAGAGGUACAGUCUGCUGUUGACCCGUCCUGCAGUACCCCACCAUGAACAAGACCACGGGCACUCCAGCAGAACUUUGAGACACUGUUGUCUCGAGAGCCUCUCUCUCAGACGAAAUGGAGGGAUGGUCGGAAAGAUGCUCUUCAGAAGGAGAGAGGGGGCCCGCGUGCGUCGAGCCGCCGUUCAGAAAGAGAAUAACAAGGAGGUGGAGGAGAACGUGGAGAAAGAGAACAAGUCUAUCCUCCCUUUUCCAACCAGCAGCUGGAUCAACAGAACUGACCCGAGCAGGACUGAACUCACCAUGGCUGCACCUCACCUCAUAAACCCUGGUGCACUGAGAGAGACAGCGGCUGGAAGAGUGGAGGUGCAGGAGAGAGAGGUGGAGCCUGAUGACCUCGCCCGCAGUUCAGCCCCUCAGACCCACAAGAAGCAGGUGAAGUCGGGGCACCAUCACCCGAGACAAGGUGGGGUGACUCACAAGAGGACAGACAGUAAGACCACUGUGCCACCAGAGGGAGCCGUUCUAAACGACAGAAUGCCCACGGCCAGAACAGACGAGGCGGUGUGGGCGGCAGCGGCGCUUGGGUUCCUCCUGGUUCUGUUGGCACUGUCGGUUCUACACACGCGCCUGUAUCGCCACUGGAGAACAACGCCCAGUCUGUACUGGCACGACCCGCAGCAGGACUACGACAAUGUGGCAGACAUCAUCCGCAGGAGGCUGAGGGUGGCAGACCGGAGGAGGAAGAGAAGGUGGUCCCUGAGCAGGAGGCAAGAGUGUUCACUCCUACCCAGCUCAAGCACUGACGAGGACCACUAGAAGCUGAACCCUGGGUGACCCCCCGCCCAGAGGAAGGAAUCUGAUCUCACUUUUACACAUUUAGUCAUUUACACAUCCACCCUCUUCGCCUACAGUUCCCAAGGACUUCCUGGAUGUUUUUCAAAAGACAUUCACACUCACAAAUACGAAACUUGGUGAUGCUAGUAGGAUUCAGAAGCUGACAUUCUAUUGUCAUGAGACGGUUUACAGGGAUCAGACUUUGGCUCGGUGGGCUAAUACAGUCCUGUGGCUCAUAGGAGAGCAGAGGACAGACCAAUUUACUGAAAAUGUACCACUUCACAUUUUCAUCCAUAGAAUAUCUUAAUUUGUUUGUUGCUUUACAGCUAGUUUAUCAUUUACACUUUUUAAACUGUCAAUACUCGGACAUUACCACACAGACUGAUAUGAACUUGAAUUAGGUAUGUAUAUGGUCUCUUCUGUCCAUCAGUUGAAGCUAAAGUUGCUGUUGUAAGCGACAUGUUGCCAGGUGCACUCCAGCCAUGGAAGGUACAAUAUCUCACUAUAGGUGGGGUAUUUCAAAGAAACUUUGUACUGGGAUCAUAAUCUAAACGAUGAAAUAAACACUUUCUUGAAGUGUAAAGUUUCAGUCAAUGUUACUCAAUAUUGGGUAACAACCAAUUCAUUUGACAGUGCUUCUGUAAAGGGUUUUGCUUGCAACAACUAUAAUUCACGUGCGCUUAAUGCCUGACAAUUUGGAACUCUGUUGUUUAUUUAACAGCAACUUAAGUCAUUAUUGUGUAAUAGGUUGUUUCCACAACCUGGAAUACCAUUUGCACUGGGGAGAUGGAAGGGGAAAGGUUGAACCAAAAGUGUUUGUGUGUCUGUGUACACAUGGAAGAGUGCUGUAUGUAUGCCAGGCUAAGUAUACAAAUGUAACCUGAUGUGGUCUGCACAGCUCAUCAAUAUCCUCUGUGUGCAGUAUUCAUACAGUAUAUCCUGUCAAUCACAUUCCAUGUACAGUCAGGACAAUCAACUUGUUUUUUUAUUUUAUUACAAAUGUACAGCUUA